AUGCCCAAGUACGAUAAGUACUUGAGAUAUGUGGUUGCUAAUAAAGUUAAGUUACAGGAUGUGGAGGUUGUAUCACUCACUGAAGAGUGUAGCCUUGUGGUGACUCAAAAGAUGCCCAAAAAGCUUAAGGACCCUGGGAAAUUCGCUUAUCCCAUUCAGAUUGGCAACAACAAUGUGGUUCAGACACUUAGUGAUUUAGAGGAAAGCAUAAACAUGAUGCCCAUAUCUUUGUUCAACAUGUUGGGAUUGGUAAAGCCUAGACCGAGCUCUGUGCUACUGCAGCUGGCAAAUGGGAUCAUAGCCCAUCCUGAAGGAGUGAUAGAAGAUGUUCUCAUAAAGGUAUAUAAACAGGUUGAUGGGAAGUUUGAGUAG